AUGGGAGACGCCAGCGCUAAGGACAAGUUCGAUAUCAUUCGCGAGAACCUCGCAGAGGUUCUCAACCCCGAAAUCAUCGAAAAGAUUCUCGACGAGGGGAGACAUCCGAAGAUUUACUGGGGUACUGCCACCACUGGCCGCCCUCAUUGCGGCUACUUUGUGCCCGCCAUCAAGAUUGCCCAGUUUCUCGCCGCGGGCUGCGAUGUCACCAUUCUCCUUGCCGACAUCCAUGGAUUCCUCGACAACCUGAAAGCGCCCAUCGAGCUUGUCGAGCAACGCGUCCACUUCUACCGUUAUGUCAUCACCGCCAUGCUGGAAGCCGUCGGCGUAUCGACCGAGAAAUUGCGAUUUGUCCAGGGAAGCUCUUACCAGAAGAGCCCCGAAUACAUCAUGGACAUCUACAAGCUGUCGUCAUUGAUAUCCGAGCACGAUGCUAAGAGGGCAGGUGCUGAGGUUGUUAAGCAGACGGCCAAUGCCCCGAUGAGUGGUUUACUCUACCCUGUUCUGCAGGUGCUGGACGAGCAGUACCUGGAUGUUGACGCGCAGUUUGGUGGUCUGGAUCAGAGAAAACUAUUCACCGCGGCCAAGGAGUGGUUACCCAAGAUCGGAUACAAGCAGCGUGCACAUUUGCUCAACCCCAUGGUUCCUGGUCUUCAGGGUGGGAAAAUGAGCUCAAGCGACCAAGAUAGCAAAAUUGACCUCCUGGACGCCCCGGAAGUUGUCUCCAAGAAAAUCAAGAAAGCCGUGGCUGCACCGCAGGUCGUUGAGGAAAACGGCGUGCUUGCUUUUGUCGAGUUCGUACUGCUGCCAGCGUCUGGUCUGAAGAAUGGAAAGAGAUCAUUCACUGUAGACCGCGAGCGAGAUGGUCUUGAGCCCCUGGUGUACGACAAUAUUGCCCAGAUGCAGGAGGACUACAAAAAUGAUGUGCUCAACCCGCAACUACUCAAGCCUGCAGUCGCCAAGGCCCUGAACGAGCUGCUUGCCCCUAUGCAGGCAGCUUACCAGGCGUCCAAGGACUGGCAAGAAGUGGCUCUCAAGGCUUACCCGCCGCCACCCAAGAAGGAGAAAAAGGUCAAAAACAAGGGCACACGCCACCCAGGCCAUGUUGUUGAGGUCGACGGUGUUGCGGAGAAAGUUAAGGAAUUAAACGUGUAA